AGUAAAGGAGCUUUGAGAGCUGGGCAUAGGAGAAGAAUUAGGGCAGCAAAGUUUGAAAUGCCAACUGAAGCUCUUGGGAGACCAACAGUGGGAGAGUGAAUUCAUGAGCGUUUCACAUCCCUCGUAUGAAACUCAACAAAGGAACUGCUGAGGAACUGAGUCACUCAUUAGUAUCAGAAAUUGCUAUCCUUGGAGAAACUCCAGUUUUUCCUGAGUAACCUUGUUUCUCUAUAAGGAGCUUUUGUCAAGGAGGGAGACAAGGUUCUAAUUGACCAAUUUAAGUUAGAUGCCUCCAACCUCUUAUUUAAAUUGCCUGAAUCUCAGUGCUCUUCCUACGAAAUUUGGUUCCAAGCGACAUCUCUUCCUUACCACGGAACAAUUAUGGUUGGAGAAAGAAAUAUUACCGAAGGAAAACCCAGUUCGUCCCAGUAUAUAAUUAAUAAAUUUGGAAUUACAUACAUUCAUGAUGUCUCUGAAUCACUGGCUGAUAAUUUUACCUUUGUGGUUUGGCCAAACCAAAAGAGCAAGUCCAAUACCAAGCCGGAAGCUGACUUUGUUGAAGAGAUGUUUAAUAUCACCAUCUCUCCAGGUGAUAUUAUUAUAAUGACCAGACACCAGAAUUAAAGACAAAGGGGCUUCGGUUGAAAGUUCUGCAGGGCAGUAGAUUGACUGUGGGACCUGAACAUCUGAAAGUGGAAGAUCUGGACAGUUCUCCAGAUGAAAUCAGAUCUAUGAUCAUCUGUAAUCUUAAUAAUGGCUUUUUGGCAAUGGCUUACCUUCUGGACACACCUGUUCGCCAUUUUGCAUAAGCUGACAUUGAUAACUCUAAGGUGUGGUUCACACAGGAUGGAAGCCCUUCCUCUGGAGUGUUCUACUUUAGUGUGACAGAUGGUGCACACCGCCCCUAUAUAAGCUCUUGACCUGGAUGUCAUUCCCAUCUCCAUCAGCAUUGUGAACCUUACUGACCUACUUCUCCCACAAGGCCAGACAACCAUCCCCAUCACCAACGCUCACCUGUCAGCCACGACCAAUGGGAGGAGUUCCCAAAUCUCUUACAUGAUAACAUGGCCCCUUCAACAUGGGCACCUGCUGAUUGAAGACCAGGUGGUCGCCAAUUUUGGACAGGAAGAUUUGGAUUCAGGAAGACUCUCUUAUCACAUGAGAAAUCUCACUGCCACACAGGACCAGCUACAGUUCUCACUGUUUACAUCAGAAAGCAACCUGACAGGACAAACACUGAACAUCAGAGAGCAACCUUUACUGCAGGUUAUGUCAGACCUGAAAAUUGCUGACAAAGUGGCUCAUCGGCUGAGAAGAAGGGACCUAGAUGCUACCGAGCUUGCUAAUAUGACUAACAGUGAUCCCAAAUUUGAAGUGAUAGAGCCCCCUGUACAUAGAAGACUGGGACGAAGAGGGGUUUGCAGCAGUGUGAUGGAAGAGGCUACUGUAUUCACUCAGAGGGACAUUGACCAAGGGUGGUUGGUAUUCCACCAACAGGCAUGGGGAUGCUGAACGACUCCUUCACUUUCUUGCUCAGGGCAGAUCAUGUACAACCAGUGAUAGGUUAUCUCCCCUUCACCAUAGUGCCACCUGACCCCUCACUUUUGCAAACAUUUACACCAGAUGUUCCUUUAUUUGUCACUGGAGACAACCUUGUAACCUCAGUUCUCUCUCAGGAGAAGCCUGUGUUUUCCUCAGGACUCACGGCACAGACAGAAACUGUAGGGAAACUCACCCAGACCAGACGGCAGAAAGCAGAUCCCUGGGGACAGCACAGUGGGGAAGAUCCCAGUGUGGAUGGAGAGUCUCUGCCAUCAAGGUCAUUUGGCCACCAGCCACCACUAAUAGUCAGCCGUUGGGCACCCACGCAGCUCAGAGAAAGCAGGUACCCUCUGAUGGUCAUCGUACCCUUGGCUGCCAUGGUCUUCCUGCUGAUAGUGGCUGCAGUGGUUUUGUCUGUCUGGCUGUUGAGCCACAAGGUAGAAAAGGCAAAACCCCUUAUCAAGCCCCAGACCAGCCUGGAACACACAACCCCAAGUCAUAGGCCAGAAAGGAGCAUAACGGUUCCCACUGUCACAGUGACACUCCUUCUACAAAGCUCCAGCAGCCCCCCAGUCUGUCUUUUCAGGGCCCCGCAGUGUGAACAAAUGUCUUCUCCAGUGGCCGAGCCAGUGGACAAAUGUGCUGCUUGGGAGAUAUGGAUGAACCUGGACCCCGACAUGGUCAAACUCUGCCAACAAACCAACCCAACGCUGAAGCACAACCAGUACUGGGUGUAGAUUGAGAGCUCACAUUUCUUACUGACUACCUACUGUGUUCCAGGCACUGGGAUAGGCGUUGGGAUAUAAAGCAAAUAAAUGCUGGUUGGAUCAAUUGAGAAAAGACAGGCGCUGCUAGUGAUUCAAUGUUCAAUCCUAGCUCCAUGGUUAGAUGUUGCUGGCUUGUUGAUUGUGACUUGUACAACACUCAUGGGCUUCCCACAAUGGGCUCUUUGUGUCGUCUUCUGGACCUGAUUUUCUCAGUAUCCAUCAGUUGGUCAAUAUUUAAACCCUUUACUAAGGUGGUACAGAAUGUGUUAGCUCCACUGAGAAUGCCAGUAUUAACUUAGGGCAUAGAGUUAAAAGAGGAAAGCUUUGAAUACUUUACACUGAUAAUUCCCUCUGAAUGAGUCGGCAGGAAGUGCAAGAACUAUUUCAGCAUGUAGAAGAAGUAAUUUAUCACAUCAAUGAGUAUGUUUAUGUAAUGUUUUUCUGUAAUGUCUUUUCCUCCUUGGAGUCUCUAGGUUUGAUUUCCUAGUGCAGGAAAUGCCUCAGUGCUCUAGGUAGUGCUGGGACAGUCUGGCCCCUUUUGAAAUUAUCUACUGAAUACAUUGUGUUUCAUCAGGAGGCUUUGUCUAUUCUAAUUUAUAAAAUCAAGCCUAGAAUAGAAAUAUUGUUUGAAGCCUUAUGGGACAGAAAAGUUUGUUGAAUGUUUUUGUGAUGCCUCAGUUUGGCUUAACUUUACAAUGAAUUAAAAUAAUGGUCCAGGCCCAGUGGCUCAUGCCUAUAAUCUCAUCACUUUGGGAGGCCAAGACAGGCAGAUCGCUU